UGUGCCUGACCUGUGGUAGACCAUUCUGGGUUCAUAUUGGUCUGAUCCGCCACAGCCAGACACACUGUACCUUGAUCCAAAUAUAGUGAUGUAAUUUUGAUCCUCUUCGAGGAAGAAGGACAACCACCACCACCUGGCUUUGUCUCCUAAUAUGGAGAAGGAUUGGCCGGGCCUUGCUGAUCUCAAAGCUCGUUUUCCAUGGUAACGUCUGAACUAUGGUUCUCCCUGGCAGUGUGGGUCAGAACCAGGAGCAACAAUGCCUUCUUAUGCUUUUCUUUUUAAAAAAUAUUCAUGACACGUCGUCGAGAUGCUUAUUUAUAGUUUACAAUUCUUUGUUCCUUAUUUCUGAUCAUUUCCCACCAUCUUCACUUAUUCUCUUCGCACUGAAGUCAUUGGGUAUCAGAGGUCAAUACUGUGGCUUCUUCUCUCCCAUUAAACUCCAUCCCACCUCUAGAAUAGCUCCAGCUAUAAACUGCCUUGAUAUGUUACAGAUGACUCCUAAGGCAUGACCAAGUUUCAGCCAAUCCAGAGAUGAUUCCCUUGGAACACUGGAAAUUCCAAGGGCUUUGGCACUUAGUCUAACGGCUAUGAUUGAUUAAAUGAUUGAAUGAAGGACAUGAGCAUUUAUUUAGCACUUACUAGGUGCAAAUCACUGUGCUAGGCACUGGAAAUACCUAAUGAAAACACAGUCACAGUCUUCACUCUUGACUACGGAUAGCUCCCAUUUUAAUUGGAGAGGCAACACAUGUAGGUUUCAUGCUGGAUGGAUGGGAAAAUCUCAUGGUCUUUGGAGGGCAACAGCAAAGCAGAUGGCCAUGUUUCCUCUUUCCACUGCCAUUUCCACUGAUAAAAUCCCAUCGGCUUACCUGUUGGUCCUCUCACUGUGAGAUCCUUGUACAAUGGUGAGUGCCCAAGCCCAGGGCUGGCCUGCCUUGCAUCUGGCAGCUGCUGGAGGUGGCUGGUCCCUUCAUCCGGAUGUGAGGGCUUGGCUGGAAAGAGGACCAAUGGUAUAAAGGACACCGCUAUGCCCAGGACUCCUAUGCCCACAUGACAGCUGGUGGCAGCUAAUCAGUAGUUGUUGCUUGCGGUGAUGAGAAAGGUGGUUUCCUUCCUGCUGGAAGCCUGCCUGGCAGUUUGGGCAUUGCUCCUCCCAAGACUUUUGGGCUCAGGGUCCUGGGCUAUCCCCAUCGGGUCUGGGGGGAGAUGGUUGUCAAGGUGGUAGUAGGGGUUUGACUUGCCUGGCACAUACCGCUUCCUGUCUCUCCCUUAGGGUGCCCCGCUGCUUCAGCUAGCCUGGCUGGCCAAUACGGUUGGCUUUCCAUGUUCUAAUGUGGAGAAGAAUCAGUUGAGCCUUGAUCUCAAAGCUCAUUUUCCACGGUGAUGUUCUAUGGUUCUCCCUGGUCAUGCGGGGGGGCAGAUCCAGGAGUCCAGGUGCUUGAUGCCCUGAGAGCUGCGGCUCUGAAUCGGGAUGGGAUGCCUUGGCUCGCCCUCCUCCCUGAGGGCCAUUUGUGGGAACGUGGUCAUGGAGGCUUCUUUGCUGUAAGCAUUGGACAAGAUGUGGUUGGGGGUUCCUUCCAGCUCUGAGCACCAGGCUUAAAUCUCUCAGCUGUGUGACUGUGGGCGUCAGUUCAUUCAUUCAUUCAUGUAUUCGCGAAUUCAUCAAAUAAGCCUUUAGUAAAUGUCACUAUAAAUCAGGCACUGUUACAUAAAAGUGAGGCAGCCCUCUCCCUCUGGGAACUUCCAGGCUUUUGGGGCCUCAGUUUCCUCAUCUGUAAAAGGAGGAGAGGAAAUUGGGUUGAUCUCCGAGCGCACUCCCAGCAUCCUUGUCCUGGAGUCCCGCGGAGAUGGGUCUCAGUUUCCUCUGCUGGGAGGCCGAGGGUGGGGCGGGCCAAACCUUGAUGUCUAAGCCCAAAGAAGCCCGGAAUCUUGCUCCCGAGGGCAUCGGUUUCCAACCGGAGCACUUUUUGGGCGGGCCCAGAAGUGUCCCGCAGCCCAAUGUCCCCUCCAGCAGCGGAUCCUCUAGAAGCAGCUGUCUCGGAUGAGCAAACUGAGUUUCAGAGAGGUUACCUGACUUCCUUGAAGACACUGAUAUUAAGUAACAGUUUCAGGAUUCAAAAACACAUCCUGGGACUCCAAAUCAAGAUUCUUUUUGUUUGCACCUUUGCACCUCAGCACCUUGCUGAGGCCAUGCUAGGCAUAUAGUGACAGAAUGCCUCCUGGGCACCAGCGCUCCGUCCUGAUGCAGCUGCUGCCCCCGGCACCCCUCCUCCUCCCCGGAGAAGGCCAUGGACGCCCCUCCAUCGAAGGCGGCCCGUCCGGGCUCGCCCGUGUCCCCUCCUCCCCCGAGGCCGGGCCGGUUCCUGCUCAUUGACGCCAACGGGGUCCCUUACACGUACACGGCGCUGGUGCAGGACGAGCCGGGCCCCGCGGGGGAGGCCGGCAGAGGCGAGCGCGGCGCGGGCUGCGCGCCCCCUCGGAAGCGCCACGGCUGCCCCGAGUGCGGCCGCGUGUUCGACAGCGCCCUCAGGCUGCAGAGCCACCGCGUCUCCCACUCGGAGCUCAAGCCCUUCGUUUGCGGGGCCUGCGGGAAGGCCUUCAAGCGGUCCAGCCACCUGUCCCGCCACCGCGCCGUGCACCAGCCCGGGGGCAGCCGGUGCCACGCGUGCCCGCUGUGCCCCCGGCGCUUCCGCGACGCCGGGGAGCUGGCGCAGCAUUUCGGGGGCCACUAGGUGGGGAGGGAAGCGCGGCGCGGAGCCUGCCCGGGAGGCGGAGGUCCUGGCUUCGAAUCCUGGCAGCU